AUGGAGAGAGUUGGGGAGGUUGCUUAUAGACUUGCAUUGCCUUAUAGCCUAGUAGGGGUACAUCCUGUAUUUCAUGUUUUCAUGCUUCAGAAGUACCAUGAAGAUAGGUCACAUGUUUUGGACUUCAGCACGGUGCAGCUUGAUGAGAAUCUGACUUAUGAGGAAGAGCCAAUGCAUGGCUAUUCUAGAUCGGCAGCAGACCUCACAUUUGCGAGGGCCUAUUCUCAAAUGCGAGCCUCGCAUUUGCGAGUUCUAGCUCGCAUUUGGAUGAUGGACAGGGGUAGGGAAGCUUCGUAUUCGCAAAGUUUUGGUCGCUUUUGCUAG